AUGUAUUCGAUAGGACUGUUUGGAGCAUUGAUUUCGGUUCUCUUACAGGGUGUAGAUGGUUUCGGACAGCUAUCGGCUCCGAGAGCGACAAAGCUUGGCACUGUUUCAACUACAGAUCAAGUUACAAGACUACAUUCUCUCAAGUCGUUUGUGGAUGAUAUCGCUCAGAGCAAAAAGCAACGAAUAGUAUUUUGUGGGGGUAAAGGAGGUGUAGGAAAGACUACCAUUAGUUCUUCUCUUGCAGUUCACUUUGCGCUGAUGGAUCUUAAUGUUUUGGUUGUGUCGACAGAUCCAGCUCAUUCGCUUGGAGAUGCACUUGACGAAGAUCUCCGACGAGGGAGAGGCGAGCCCGUUGUAAUGAUGGACCCACUGACUGGAGGGCGUUUAAAGGCAGCGGAAGUUGAUACAGACGAAGCGUUAUCGCAGUUUCAAGAAAGUCUAGCGGCUUUCGAUGUCGGGAAAUUAGCUGAUGCCUUGGGUGUUUCAGAAGAACUUUUGGUGGGUCUCGGGCUGCAGGAGUUCAGUGGGCUACUCAAGGAUCCACCCCCUGGGCUGGAUGAGCUUGUUGCACUUGGAAAUGUAAUGGAUGAGAGAUCCAAUGAAUUUGAUGUUAUUGUUGUAGACACUGCGCCAACUGGUCACACACUCCGUUUAUUGGCAUUGCCUCAAUUUCUCGACGGGCUGCUUGGAAAACUCAUAAAGCUUCGAGUGCAGCUCUCGGGGCUGACUUCAACCUUGAAAUCAUUUCUCGGAGAUUCUGGAGCGAAGGAGCGGGUAGAAACGCUUGACAAAGCCAUGCAGCAACUGGAGAAAUUCAAGAUGAAGAUGUCGAGAAUGGAAGAAAGGCUAAGGGACCAUGAAACAACUAGUUUUCUUGUUGUGACAGUUCCGACGACGCUAGCAGUGAAAGAAUCACAGAGACUGGUGUCACAAUUGAAGUCGCAGGGAAUUCAAGUACCUGCGAUUGUUGUGAACCAAUGUGUUGGGACGGACAAUGACAGUAGCAGCGAAGCAAUAUCGCAAUACUACAACAGGCGCAAAGAUGGACAACAAAGAUGGGUAAGGGAGCUCGAAGGUGCCCUUGAUGAAGUCAGCGGAAGUCGAGAAUUUAGGAGCAAUGGAGAUCCUGCACCAAUUGCCUUGACAACUCUACCAUUUUUUGACGUUGAACUGGUCGGGAUUCCGGCUCUUGGAUAUGUUGGCUCCCAGCAUUUCUCUAGGAACCCAAAUUUUCAGCACCUCAAGGCAAAGAUGGAAGAUCGCUCAGACCCCAAAGUCGUAAUCUGCGGAGGAAAGGGAGGAGUUGGAAAAACUACAAUAAGUUCAUCAUUAGGUGUUUCUCUAGCGACGGAAGGGCUGAAUGUUGCCAUCGUGUCAACUGACCCAGCGCAUAGCCUCGGUGAUGCGAUCGAUGUUGAUGUGAGUGGCGGAGACAUGAUAAAAUGCUCAUUGGCCGGAGUGCCUGGUUUUGUCGGCGAGGGAUCACUUUCAGUCAUGGAAAUCGACCCGGCUUCCGCACUUAGCGAUUUCAAGUCAGUAGUUAACCAAGCACUUGGGAAGGGAGAAUACGCUUCAAGCUUGGAUACACCAGACUUUCGUAAAGCUCUUCAAGGGAUUGAAAAUGUUUUUGACACCUUACCGGCAGGUACAGAUGAGGUUGUUGCGCUAGCAAAAGUGGUUAGUUUGAUAAGAAACGGUGCAUACGAUUGCAUCGUUCUUGACACUGCUCCAACUGGUCAUACUUUGAGGAUGCUGAGGACCCCUAACUUCAUCGGAGACUUGAUCGAUCGGCUAGUCACUAUUUCUAGCAAAAUUAAUGCAAAUCCAGCUGUGAAAAUGCUUCUUGCUGGGACGACUGGGUCGAACGCUGUUGAGCUAGAAAGUGUAGCAACAAAAGCGAAGUCCCAGUUGCUCUCUUUCCAAAUGCAGAUGUACGACCUCGAGGACUUGUUUGCGAAUGCUGAAUCGACCGAGUUUGUUAUUGUUACUGUCGCCACGGAGCUUGCAGUCCGUGAGAGUGCAAGGCUAUUGAAUGAACUCACCUUUGCAGACCCUGAGAUGCAGGUGAAAGUGAGAAACGUCGUCGUGAAUCAAGUCCUGAAAGAUGACGGUAGUGAUACGCGGGCGUUUUUCUCCCACAUGAGAGGGACCCAAUCAAAAGCGAUCGAGGAGCUAGAAUCUUAUUUAUCCUCGAUACCUGGCAAGGCAACAAACGUAUCAAAGAUCCAGCUACUGGAUACAGAACCAAGAGGUGUCUUUGGUUUAAAGGCUGUUGGCGAGGAGCUGUUCAUUCCUUACUGCAUCACAGAUCCUUCCACAUGCGAAGAAAUUGGAGCUUUAAUUUCAGCAUUUGCAGCACCCCCUGAUGUGCUUCUGCUUGAUGGUGAUCUAGGAGCUGGGAAAACGACAUUCUCUCGAGGCUUUAUCAGGAACAAGCUUGGAGUGAAAAAUGAGGCAAUCACUUCUCCAACCUAUCUAUUGUCAAACGCCUAUAGCUACAAAUCAAAAGAAACUGUACAUGAGAUACGCCACAUGGACCUUUAUCGGCUAUCUGGUAGUCACAGCGAUGAGUUCUCUCCCCUCGAUCUUAAUUUUGUGUUCUCAAAGUGUAUAUCGUUGAUUGAAUGGCCUAGUCGAUUGCCGAAAGAGUUGCAACCCCCGUCAAAAUGUCGCCUGAAUAUCAACAUGUCUAUAAUCCCAUCAACUGAAGAACGAGAAAUGGUGCUGUCUGCCCCUUUGGAGUCUACGUGGUGCGAUCGACUGAGAAAUGUGGUCGGGGACGGCUUUGUUGACGACCUGUUGUUACAUUGUACAGAUCGAGGAAACAAAUAA